UAAUUUUUUCAGAAGUUAUCUUAUUAUUAUAUUUGAAAUAUUUUGUUUAAAUUUAGUUUGAUUUGUUAUUAAAACGUUUUGGAAAAAUAUAAUAGUUAUUAAAAGAGGUGAUACAAUCGCUAACAAAAUUAAUGAAUUAAACGAAAAAAUCGAGAUAUAUAUAUAAUUCAGACCAGAUCAUGGAAAUAUCAACAUUUAGUAAUGACUUGAAUAAUAUACAUAUAUGUAUGUACAUUUUCACAUUCCCUAAAAUGUUCAUUUUCUCGCUUGUGCUACUUUCAUUAUCCAAUAAAACAAAAGCUGAAAUGAAAUUCUAAAUGUAAUCGUAUUUUUCGUUUCUUAUGAAUAUUUGGAAGUCAGUUUGAGUUUAAAACUUAUAAAAUUUAAUAAUUGGUUAUUUGCUAGUUUUGCCUCAUAAAUAAAUAGUAAGUAGAACAGCUUAUUCGAAUAUUGGUUUUGCUUAUAUUCGAAAAGAUGGAAAUCCAUUCGGAUCAUUCCAUUCCGAUCAUGCCAUUCGAACAUCUAUCAAAUCUGUCUUAGAUUCCACAACAGCCCUGAUUAUUGUCUAAAGUGACAACUCCAAUAAACAUGAUAUUUUAUAUUUUGACGCUGUUUCGUCUUAAAUUGCUUUAAAAACCGAUCUAAGGUAUGACAUAUGCAAGUUUUGUAUUCCUUCGAUUAAACCAUUGCAUAACCAACUUAUAGUUGCUCACGAAAUUUAGCAUAUACCAGUUUUUUGUUAACAUAAACAAUAAUAUUAAAUUGAAGUCGUGUCUAUCACAAUUGUUGGAUCAACGAUUGCCAACUGCUGUAUAAAUCGACCAUAUGUUCUUAUACAUUUUUUCUAUUUCUAUUUCUUCUCAUUUGCCUAUAUAUUCAAGGUUAAGCAUUAGAAGUCAUUCACCUCAAUGCAGUUAAUAAUUGUAUUUGCAAUGUGUUUGCUUGCAUUUGCUUUGUACACUUAUGCUAACGAUAUGUUUCACUCACACAAUUAUGCAUAUGUUUGUUUGUCCACAUUUGUUAGUCCUAUUUAACAUGUACUAAGCUUAAUAUGUAAGUAGCCUAUUGCAAUGCUGCAUUCCCAUUUUACAUUUCUCCUUUGAUAACUGAAUCAUAUGUAUAUGAAGAAGCAGUAGCGUUAAGUAGGUACUUAGUACAUUAACCUUUACGAACUUUUAAAAGUACAUGACAUAUUUAUGUAUAUAUGAAUUAAUACAAAGCCGAAUUAUGUAUUAGCGUUAUUGAAAUAUUGUUUAGAAUAGUAUUUAAGGGAAAGAAUUUUGCAAUAAAGUCAGUCUAAUAGCUGACUACCUUACAGUGUCAUUACUCGGCCCUUUAUUUCUUCAUCGCUAUAACUUCGCUUGUGCGUUUCGCUUUUUGCAAAUUUGAGCGGUUAUAAAAAAUGUAGGGCUCUAAUUUUUUGGCGCCUAAGGUACGAGUAAGUUGUUUCGUUGUUCGCACAUCAUUUCGGAGUUUGGUGGUCAGUAUUAGGCUGCAUCGUUGGACAUUAUCGGCGUUGGAUCUUCGCCAUUGAAUACAUCGUCAUCAUUCGCACACAGCCAGUAUUAGACCGCAUCGUUGGACAUUACCGGCGUUGGAUCUUCUCCAUUGAAUACACCGUCAUCGUUCGCACACAGUUAGUAAUAGACUACAUCGUUGGACAUUAUCAUCAUUGCAUCUUCAUCAUCGAACAUCAUUACCAUUUAACACGCCAGCAUCGCUCAAACAGCACCGCACACCUGCGUGCCGCUGUUACGUUUCGUCAAUACCACUUCCUGCAGGUGAUAUUCGUAUGUUUGUUGUAUCUCAUACUUAUUCAUUUUGUUGAUACUUGCAGUAAAUUAACUAAUCAUUUAUUACCUAAAUAGUCACUAGAAUUAUAGUUAUAAUUAUUCAAAAUAAUUUUGUACAUAAAGCCCAUAAAAUAUUCUAAAAUAUUCUACAAUGUCUCUGGACGAAUAAAAACAACAAUGCGCUAGCACCAACAAAAUUUUUUGGCGGAUUAAAAAUAUCAUAUCGUAAGCUAGCACGACCAGGUGGAAAGGUUCUUUCAGUGGCUGAAUAUAAAUGCCGUCUAGGCAUCUUGGGAGUCCUAUUUCAAGCAGAUUCUCUCAAUUCAAACUGACAUCGAAAGAUUGUAUGAUGAGGACGGAGGACGAGCUGACUUGGAAGAACUUUACAUAACAACCACUCUCGGAUACAACUUGCGUGGUACAAUCAAGUUCAAAGUCCACCACUAAAGCAUCCUAGGUUUGAUGGCAAGUAUUCGAAUUAUCAAAACUUUAUUACCUCAUUCAAGCAAAUAAUUGAUCACGAGAUCAAUUUAACAAAUAUCGAAAAAUUCAACCUUUUACGAAAUUGUCUCCAAGGCCAAGCCUUAGAAACUGCAUUUCAAGUGGCAAAUGGCGUUAGAACGAUUGAAGAUACGGUAUGACAACAAAACGUUAAUUUUCUUGGAAGGAAUAAAUUCGAUAUUUGAUUUACGAGCAGUUGUGAAACCUAAUGGCAUCCAGCUAAGAAGUUUGAUUGACAGAGCUUCUGGUAUUUAUGGUUCUUUAACAUCACUAGAAGUCUGAUGAACAGAUCAACAAAAAGUGGAAAGAGUCGCUAGACUUCAGAACGUAUUAAGAAGAUUGUAUUAAAGUUUUGUAAAGACAUUGCCAAUAUCUAGAGUCACUCGAGAACACGCAUGGUACUUCGUCAGCUUAAGGUGCUAACAAACACUCCAUUCCGACAUCGAGGAGUCAACCAAGAGGUUAUACAUUUUCCUGCUCCAGCGUAUCGUGCCAAUUCUGUUUUAAUAGCAACCACAAUAUUUUUAAUUGUGAACGAUUUAAGUCGCUAAACAUCACGUUUCGAUCAUGCAAAGAAAAUUGGACUUUGCAUCAAUUGCCUAUCGAAGGGACAUCAAGUGGCCAAUUGUCCAUCAUCACACAGAUGCAAGGUUUGUGCACGACAGCACCAUAGUUUCCUUCACCUCGGUUCAACUUCAGGCUAGUAGCAAACAGCUACUCAACCAUUUUCUACACAAGAGGCAGCCGAACAUACACACUUGAAUAAUUCAUCGUUGGAUAAUGUAAUUCUCGCAACUGCAAAAAUUUUCGUUCGUGAUUCAACGGGUAGUUAUAGAUUGGGUACAGCACUGCUAGAUUCCUGUUCGCAUGUCAAUUUCAUCAUAGAUGAUUUUUCGCAAAGGUUGCUGCUGCCUAGAAGCAAACAAAACAUAGAAAUUCAAAGCAUCGGUUUGUCGUCAACAAACAUUAAAUUCAAAACUUCAACUAACAUCAAGUCGCAAGUCACCGGUUUCGAACUUCCAUUAACCUUUUGCAUCACAUCGCACAUCGCUUAUCAACCAGAUCCUGAAAUCGACAUUUCAACAUGGAAUAUUCCAAACAAUAUUGUACUCGCUGAUGUUGAAUUUCAUAUACCAAAGAAAAUCGGUAUGUUGCAGUCCCCUAUCCGUAGGUCAAAUUCAUCUUGGUUCUAAUUUACCUAUCUUUCAAAAAACUCUCUUAGCCUGGAUCGUUUCGGGACGCUAUAAGACCGGCAGUAACAACAUAUCUAAACCAUCUUGCCUUUCAAGGAUGAUCCGACGUGUUUGGGCGAGUCAUAUACUACGGCAUUGCGACGACUCAAUGCACAAGAACGUCGAUUAGCCAAAUCACCACAAUUGGCAGCACAUUAUGUUGAAUUUAUGCGCGACUACGAGAGCCUGGGUCAUAUGAGCAUUGUGAAGAAUCUAAAUCUCAACGAACCACAUUAUUUUAUACCACAUCAUUGCGUGCUUAAACCAACAAGUACAACAAUAAAGCUUCGAGUUGUAUUUGACGCCUCCUGUCGAACUACAUCCCAAAAAUCACUAAACGAUAUGCAGAUGGUUGGUUCAACAAUACAAUGCGAACUUUUUAUUCUUCUUCUUUGUUUCCGAUUCAAUAGAUUUGCACUCACUGCGGACAUAGUCAAGAUGUAUCGACAAGUAUUAAUGCACGAAGAUGAUCGAAAGUUCCAGUACAUUCUGUAGAGGAGUUCACCGACUGAAGACAUUUUCACCUACCAACUAAAUACUGUAACGUAUGGAAUGGAUGCUGCACUCUAUCUUGCUAUACGGAGUUUUAUGUACCUAGCUGAGCAGCAUUCAGAACAAUACCCAAUUGGCGCAAAGAUCGUGAAAUUAUCAUUUUACGUAGACGACUUACUGUGUGAAAGUUUAAAUUAACAAAGUGGCAUUCCAAUCACCAUCGAUUCAGAGAAGACGACUCUGUAAAGAAUCUAAAUGUAGAUUCAUCUAUCACUAAUGCACUUGGACUAAAAUGGAACCAAAAUCUUGACUGUUUUAUUUUUUCAUUUGAAGCAAAACUAGGGCUCACUGGUCGUCUUACAAAGCGUUCAAUUCUCUCUGUUGCAUCGUCACUUUACGACCCACUUGGUAUUUUGGUUCCCUUUAUUAUAACUUCAAAAAUCUUGUUGCAAGAAAUAUGGCUACUAAAGUUGGAUUGGGAUGAAUCAGUGCCACAGAACAUUGGAUGGCCUUGGAAAAACUUCCUGAACUCCUUAUCGGAUCUUUCAUUAAUUAAGCUGCCGCGGUCUUGUUUUUCGACAAAUAUGGAGUCCCUUCAGAUACAGGGAUUCUGUGACGCAUCAAUUCGUGCAUAUGGCUGUGCAAUAUAUACUCGUGUUAUCAACAAAUUUGACACUACUACUAUUCGCUUACUCACUGCUAAGUCCAGAGUUGCACCCAUCAAAAAACAAUCAUUGUUUCGUUGUUCGCAAAUCAUUUCGGAGUUUGGUGGUCAGUAUUAGACUGCAUCGUUGGAUAUUACCGGCGUGGGAUCUUCGCCACUGAAUACAUCGUCAUCGUUCGCACACAGUCAGUAUUAGACAUUGGAUCGGCUUGAAAAAACUUUCUGAACUCCUUAUCGGAUCUUUCAUUAAUUAAGGUGCCGCGGUCUUGUUUUUCGACAAAUAUGGAGUCCCUUCAGAUACAUGUAUUCUGUGACGCAUCGAUUCGUGCAUAUGGCUGUGCAAUAUAUACUCGUGUUAUCAACAAAUUUAACUACUACUAUUCGCUUACUCACUGCGAAGUCCAGAGUUGCACCCAUCAAAAAACAAUUAUUACCAAAAUUAGAACUUUGUGGCGCUCUUCUCCUCGCUCGUUUAUUAGCAAAAAUCAAACCAACAAUUUCUCAUAAAUCUUUCAAUAUUUUUCUUUGGACAGACUCACAAAUAGUCUUAAAUUGGCUGAAGAUGCAUUCUGCAACACUAUCGACCUUUGUUGGCAAUCGAAUUUCGGAAAUUCAGGAUUUAACCAAAGGUGUCCAUUGGAGACAUGUACCAACUCAUUGUAACCCGGCGGAUGUUGCGUCUAGAGGAUGUACUGUAAAGGAACUUGUUAAUUCAAUAUGGUACACAGGACCAGGAUUUCUAUACGAAAACCCAGACAAAUGGCCAAAAGACAGCUGCAAUGAUAUCGACAUGGAAGUUGUCGAAAGGGAGAAACGAAAAUCAGCAUUCAAUUCAAUCGUUAGCACCAAUUACAUUUUGGAAAUCGUGAAUCAGAGGAGUAACCUCACUAGCAGCCUUUGAUUAAUAGCUUGGAUGUUUCGCUUCAUCAAUAAUUGUCGACAUAGUGCAAAACUUAAUGAAUCAUCAACACUUUCACCACAAGAGUUGCAUCACGCCUUAUUUUGCAUAAUUUGGAAUAUUCAACAUAUACAUUUCGCUAAUGACAUUCAUCUCUUACAGAACGGUCUCACUACAAAUGGCCCAUUGCUUUAUUUAAAUCCAUUUUUAGAGUGUACCGAAGGAUUUCAAACACUCAAAGUUGGAGGUCGAUUAGAAUCAGCAGAUAUUCCAAAGGAAAGGAAACACCCAAUGCUGUUGCCAAGCAAAUGCGAAUUCGUUGUUCAUUACAUUCGGCACCUGCAUCAGAAACACUACCACGCAGGACCAAAGGCACUCGUUGCACUAAUAAGACUUCAGUUUUGGAUAGUCAAUACACCCGAUUUAAAAAGACGUAUCGCCAGAUCGUGCACACAUUGUAUACGUUACAAGCCAAAACUGAUGAACCAUGUAAUGGGACAGUUACCUGUCGAGCGAUUGACUCCAUCUCGCCCUUUUUCACGUUGCGGUAUUGACUUCUGUGGACCAGUCAACGUAUAUUUACGUAUUCGAGGCAAAACAUCUUAUAAAGCGUACAUAGCGAUCUUCGUUUGUCUAGCGACAAAGGCGGUCCACAUCGAACUUGUAUCGGAUCUAUCCACGGAUGCAUUCUUAGCGUCAUUGAAGCGGAUGAUUGGAAGAAGAGGGCUACCCUCCGACAUCUUUUGUUAUAACGCAACAAAUUUUGUAGGCGCUUGCAGCAAAUUACCUGAAUUAAAGUCAUUUUUGUUUAAAACCGAAAACAAAGAUGCAAUUGUAAAAUACUGUGCUAAUGAAUUUGUAAACUUCAAAUUCAUUCCUCCCAGAGCACCUCAUUUCGGCGGUAUUUGGGAGGCCGCUGUCAAAUCGGCUAAGGGUUAUCUUAAUCGUACCUUCAAAAAUGCAAGACUCACAGCUGAAGAACUAACAGUCCUGGUGGAGAUAGAAGCUGUAUUAAAUUCUCGGCCACUUACACCAUUUUCAUCGGAUCCAAACGAUUAUGAAGCAUUAACUCCGGGACAUUUUAUUAUUAGUAGUGCACUAGGAGCACUCCCAGAGCAAAGAUUGUCAGCUGAAAUAAGCAGCUUACACAAAUGGAAUCAAAUCACAAGCAUUAAACAGACGUUUCGGAACAGGUGGUCAAAUUAUUACAAAAUCAACGAACUACAAGUGCGAUCAAAAUGGUUUUCGGAACAACCAAAAAUCAACAACAACUCAAUGGUCAUCAUCCAUGAAGACAACAUACCACCACAAAAAUGGCAUAUUGGAAGAGUUAUAAAAUGUUUACCAGGAAAGGACUCUAAAAACAACGAAGGGAAGGGAAGGGGAAUUCGGCGACCAAUUCAUAAGCUAGCACUUCUACCUUUUUGAAAGCCUUUCAACGGGGCCGGAAUGUUGGAUCAACGAUUACAACAUAAAGCAAAAAAUUCAUAGAGAUAAAAAACCACAAAAAUAACUCGCAUGUACUCAAUUUUGCACUUUUGUAUGUAGUCAGCAUAAAACCAGUUUAUACCGUUAGUUUUGAAUUGUUUGCUAUCGUCUUCGACCAGUAAUGCAAAUUUAUGUGUAAAAACGUGUGAUUAGUAAUAAAUAAAGUGUUAUAUCAAGUGUACAGCAAUAAUAUUCUGUAUUUAAAAAAAAUGAAGAAGUUAUCGCGUGAUGUGGAGAAUAAUGUAGUUUCCUUAACAAAUAAAAUAAAUUAAAUUUUGAUUCACCUGACCAAAUAACUCGUUUCCAAUCAUUUAUAGUCCAAUUUUUAUGCUCUCUAGCAAAUUUCAUUCGUGCCUUUUGGUUCUUUUUGGACAAUGCAGGUUUAAAUAUAGCUAAAGUUGUGGAGCGCUUGUCGUGCUGUCCAUUCACUAACGUGCUUAUUUUUGGCAACUAAAGUAUUUUUCGGUGUAAUGGUCUUCUUCUGCCUCAUUUCUGCCAUCAUAAGACGUGCAUCCGCGUCGGUCAACAGUUUGCGGCGGCCUCUGGUUUGCUCUUUGGGAGCAGUAUGUCGUCUUUUUUGAUCGCGAAUGACUACAGAUUGACUAAUAUUUAACUCCUUGGCUAUUUCCCGAGAUGAAGGACCAUUAUUUGUUAAGGACACUACAUUAUUCUCCACAUCACUAGGAAUGUAAACAUCGUAAAAUUAAACAUCGAUGGUUCGAUGUAUCGAUGUUUCUUCAAAACCCAUCGAAAUCAAAAACAUCGGCUGGGUUUAGAAAACAGUCGUUUACUCGGCACUAAAGAGGCAAUGUGUAAAUAUUAAUAAGUUUAUUUAUACAACUCCGGAAACACAGUCUUCAUGUCAACCCAAACUCUAUUGGCUUCUGAUUGGUAGGGGUAACAGCCGAGAUACACUUUCUUUUCAACCUUUCGUCCCUGUAAUUGUAGAUAAAUUUGACAGCUUACAUUUCACCUUUUGGUUCUUCUUAACGAAUUCUCCGUAUUUUACGAAAAUCGAAUUCCAAUGUAAUAGAGCGUAUCCAAAUAGAGGGUUUCGAGUUAAUACCCGAAAAAGUGUGAAAGUGUGAAGUCAAAAUUUUAUAUAAAACAUCGACAUAAAACAUCGUUGAAAGUGACAUCGAUGCAUCGAUGUUUUUAGAUUCGAGAUAUCGAUGGCAAACAUCGAUGCUUUUUGACGAAAAUAUCGAUGUUUCAAAAACAUCGAUACAUCGUUUGCAUCCCUACACAUCACGCGAUAACUUUUUCAUUUUUUUUAAAUACAGAAUAUUAUUGCGGUACACUUGAUAUAACACUUUAUUUAUUACUAAUCACACGUUUUUACACAUAAAUUUGCAUUAAUGGUCGAAGACGAUAGCAAACAAUUCAAAACUAACGGUAUAAACUGGUUUUAUGCUGACUACAUACAAAAGUGCAAAAUUGAGUACAUGCGAGUUAUUUUUGUUAUGGUUUUUUAUCUCUAUGAAUUUUUUGCUUUAUGUUUUGAAUUUUUUGUUGUUUUAUUUAGAAUGGAACAACGAAUAAACGAAAAAAAAAUUGGUUUUAUUUUCUUUGUUAUUACUUAUUUUAUCGUUCAAAAAAGUAAAGAAAUGAAUUAUGUACUCAUUUGUGCACGCCACUGUAGGUACUUAGUACAUUAACCUUUACGAACUUUUAAAAGUACAUGACAUAUUUAUUUAUAUAUGAAUUAAUACAAAGCCGAAUUAUGUAUUAGCGGUAUUGAAAUAUUGUUUAGAAUAUUAUUUAAGGGAAAGAAUUUUGCAAUAAAGUCAGUCUAAUAGCUGACCACCUUACAGUGUCAUUACUCGACCCUUUAUUUCUUUGCCGCUACAACUUCGCUUGUGCGUUUCGCUUUUUGCAAAUUUGCGCGAUUAUAAAAAAGGUUAUAGCCCUACAACUAUUCUAUCAAUCUCUAUAAAAAAGGUAUUUUAGAACUUAUAUAUAAUUGAAAGUAGUUAUUUAAUAAUGAAUUAAUUUUGUAAUAUUUAAAUGUAUGGAAAUGCAAUGUUAUUAAAAAUAAGAGGCUAAUAGAAUAUUUUGAAAAUUAAUUUCUGCACUUAUAACUUCUUGAAGCUGUCAUGGUAUGGAUUCAAUUAAAAUUUGAAUGUUUUCUGGUACAUUUUGCUCACAAGUCUUACUUUGAUUUAACUCCCGCCACCAAUUUUUUAUGGGGUUUAUUCCUUGUCGACAUGCCACAGCGGCCACGCCAGAACUACAUACGCAAUGUGCUUAAUAUUAUUUAAAAUUUAUUAAAGGAAAUAAAAAUAAAGUUGCCUAUUGACUACUUCUGGCACGAUUAUAGUUACUGGGACGCCAAGAUUUGAGUUCAUUUUUAUUUUAAUUAGCCCAAAGUAAAAACUAUUUAAAAAAAUAAAAAAAAA